UAUUGUUAGUUUAACAUCGGCCCAACAUGGACUAUUUUAAGCAUUACUUUCUGUUAGUAUGCGUUUCUGCUAUUUAUGGUGUAACUAGAGGUGAAACUAAGGACGAUCCCCGCUGGAGCAACUUGCCAGAAGACUGCGGCAAGACGAGGUACGACAAAAAGUCAGCUCGAAUCAUUGCUGGGAGCAAAGCCAAGCUCGGUCAGUUUCCGUGGAUAGCAAGGCUGGGCAUUCGAUUGCCGUCAAUUGACCGCAUAAUAUUUUUCUGCGGUGGCACACUAAUUUCAAGGUACUACGUCAUCUCGGCUGCACAUUGCGAGGAAAAAACUACCCUGGUACGAGUGGGCGAGAACGUUGUAUCUACUGAUAAAGACUGCGACAGUUCGAAUGUUUGCAGUCCUUCUCAUCAGGAUAUUGCAGUGAAAAGGCACAUAUUUGCAGACUUCUGUCGAUCCACAGUUGUUAACGACCUCUCCCUAAUAGAGCUAGCGACUCCGGCUAAAUUUAAUGAGUUUGUCCAACCAGCUUGUCUUCCUCGCCAUACCAUACCACUCGACCAGCUUCUUGGCGAAAGCAUGGAUAUGGCAGGAUGGGGUACGAUCAGAUCCGCCAUAAUUACUCCUCCGGACAACCUGAUGUACGUCAGAAAUGCAGUGAUUGAACGCGAAGAAUGUCGAAUUUUGACUACAAGCAAAUUGGACGAGACCCAAAUCUGCGCGGGAGUUCGUGGUUUAGUAAGAGCAAAUGGCACUUGUUAUGGGGACUCUGGUGGACCGGCAACAAGGUAUAUGCCACUAAACGGAGAGGAUCGAGCACACAUAGUAGGAGUUAUUUCAGCUGGAUAUCCAAUAUGUGAAUACGGCCCUAAAAUCUAUACCAAUGUUUCACACUACAUUGACUGGAUUUUAGACAACAUUAAUAAGAAGUAAUUAUUAAUCAGAUUAAUCUUUUUCCAGAUAAAUAAAUACU